AUGGUCGUCGCACCAGUCCACCGGAAAGAAAAAACCGAGAUUUCCCUGCCGAACGCCGGCAUCCAUGGCCGCCUCGGUGAGCUCAACUUCUCGGCGCUCCCCUUCCUCACACACAUGCAUGGACCUCAGCUUGAACAGCCUUCACGGCGAGAUCCCACCGGCCAUCGCCUCUCUAAGCCGGCUGUCCUACCUCAAUCUGGUCGGCUACUUGCUCCAUGGACACAUCUUCCCCGUGAGAUAGGCAGCAUGGGGUUUCUUAGCGACCUGAAUCUUGCUUUCAACAACCUCACGGGCCGCAUCCCUGAAUCCUUUGGGAACCUCACAACGCUAGCCACUCUGAUCAUGGCACAUAACAUGCUCGCUGGGGCGAUACCGGAGGAGCUCGGGAAGCUGGCCAGUCCAGAUGAUUUGCACUUGGGCAGCAACUUGUUGGACGGCCAAAUACCUGAAAGCCUUGCAGGCCAGAAUGAGCUCACAGGUUUCCUUCCCCAAGAGACUGGUUUGCUGGCCAAGUUGAACGUACUGGAUUUGUACUCAAACCAGCUAAGAGGAACGAUUCUUCCAAUCAUAGGGAACCUUACCGGGCUGAACUACAUUGACCUCUCGGACAACCAAUUAGUGGGUCCCAUGCCGGGCGAGAUUGGCAGUUUGGUGGGUCUCCGGUUCAUGUCUUUAUCCCAAAACCAGGUCUCAGGCUCUGUUCCAGCAACUUUCGGGAGCCUUACAGGCCUGACAAGGCUUGACCUCUUCAGUAACAUGCUGUCAGGUCCUUUGCCUCAAGAGUUUGCUUAUCUUACACACUUAGAGGUGCUCAGUAUUGCCAGCAACUCCCUCUCAGGGGAAUUGCCCCCUGAUUAUCUUGAUGUAUCUGUGAAUAAGUUGAACGGGUCGAUGCCGGAAGAGAUUGGGAGUUGCACUACGCUAGAAUCCUUGAUGGUUAACCAUAACAGGUUGAGUGGAGAUUUGCCAGCGUCCAUUGGUAAUCUGAGGAACCUGCACAUUGUGUUGGAUGCCAGCAACAACAAACUCACAGAGCUUUCUUACACAUCAGUGGUGACAAUGAAAUGCGAUGUCUACAGCUUCGGUGUCGUUGCGCUGGAGAUUGUGAUGGGGAUGUACACCUCAGAGAUACAGUACCUUGCUUCCAGGGAACAGCAUCGGGAGCUUGUAAUGGAGGAUAUGUUGGACAAGCGCCAAUCAUCUCCAACAAUUGUAGAAGAGAAAGAAAUUGCUCUUCUUGUGGAAGUGGCAUUUGCUUGCCUGCAAACUUCUCCUCAGUUUAGGCCAGAGAUGGAGGAUGUCUAUCAGAAACUGGCUCUGCACAAACCACCUUCUUCGUUUGCCUCACCUUCUCAUGCACCUAGACCAGAAGAAAUAAUAGAAGUGUAA